AAAAAACCAUGGAAGACGGAGAAGGAGGUCUAAGCUUCGACUUCGAAGGCGGUUUAGACGCCGCACCAACACAACCCACCGCAUCCGUCCCCGUCAUCCACCACCAACCCACCGACAAUGGCCCGCCAUCUUCCACGCCUUACUCCUCCUCCGCCGCCCCUCCCUCCGCCCCCACCGACCCUAAUUCCACCACCACCAACAACAACAACAAUUUCUCCGGCAGAAGAAGCUACCGGCAAACAGUCUGCCGUCACUGGCUUCGGAGCUUGUGUAUGAAAGGUGAAGCGUGUGGGUUUCUUCAUCAAUAUGAUAAAUCAAGGAUGCCCAUUUGCAGGUUUUUUAGAUUGUACGGAGAGUGCCGCGAACAAGACUGUGUUUAUAAACAUACCAAUGAAGAUAUCAAAGAGUGCAAUAUGUACAAGUUGGGAUUUUGUCCGAAUGGUCCUGAUUGUCGGUAUAGGCAUGCAAAGCUCCCAGGACCCCCUCCUUCAGUGGAAGAAGUACUUCAAAAGAUUCAACAAUUAACUUCCUUCAGUUAUGCCAAUUCUAAUAGGUUUUACCAGAACAGGAAUGCCAACAACUCUCAGCAACCUGAUAAAUUUCAAUUUCCACAAGGUAACAUUGAUCCAACUCAAGUUGCUAAACCUCCUACCACGGAUCCCGCUUCAUUGCAACCUGUGCCACCAUCAUCGCCACAGCAGCAGCAACAGGGUGCACAAUCACAACAACAAGUUGGCCAGUUAGGUACUCAAGCACAGUCAAAUGGCCAACAAAACCAAGCUAAUAGAACUUCGAUACCUCUGCCUCAAGGAACAUCAAGGUAUUUCAUUGUGAAAAGUUGCAACCGUGAAAAUUUUGAGUUAUCAGUGCAACAAGGAGUAUGGGCCACCCAAAGAAGUAAUGAGGCUAAACUUAACGAGGCUUUUGAUUCUGUGGACAAUGUUAUUUUGAUUUUUUCAGUCAAUAGGACGAGGCAUUUUCAGGGAUGUGCAAGGAUGACUUCUAAAACUGGUGGCUCAGUUGGUGGAGGCAAUUGGAAGUAUGAACAUGGGACUGCACAUUACGGACGGAAUUUCUGUGUCAGAUGGCUGAAGCUAUGUGAAUUGUCCUUCCACAAAACUCGACACCUGAGGAAUCCUUACAAUGAAAACUUGCCAGUGAAGAUAAGCAGAGAUUGUCAAGAACUCGAGCCCUCUAUUGGAGAACAGUUGGCUUCACUUUUGUAUGUUGAACCCGACAGCGAACUCAUGGCAAUAUCACUUGCAGCAGAAGCAAAGAGAGAAGAGGAGAAAGCAAAAGGAGUUAAUCCUGAGAAUGCAACCGAGAAUCCUGAUAUUGUCCCAUUUGAGGACAAUGAAGAGGAGGAGGAAGAAGAAAGUGAGGAAGAUGAGGAUGGUUUUGACCAGGGUUUCGGCAUGGCUGCACAAGGUGGUAGAGGAAGAGGCAGAGGGAUGUUAUGGCCUCCUCAUAUGCCCUUAGGACCCCGCCCUAUACCUGGAAUGAGGGGCUUCCCCCCUCUCAUGAACAUGAUGGGGCCUGAUGGAUUUCCUUAUGGAGGGGUUGGACCAGACGGGUUUCCUGUCCCCGAUCUUAUGAACAUGGGGCCUCGUGGUUUUCGUCCAUUCGGGCCUAGAUUCCCAGGCGAUUUUCAACGGCCGCCAUUCUCUAAUAUGAUGUUUAAUGGCCGCCCUGGGCCCCACCAGCAUGGAAAUUUUCCCGGGGGUGGAUUUGGGAUGAUGAUGGGUCCAGGACCUGGGCGUGGCCCAUUCAUGGGUAGUGGAUUAGCAGUAAGAGGUGGAAGGCCGCCUUUCUUGCAUCAGCAGCAGCAGCAGCUACAAAGUUCUCAGAAUAGUCGAACUAAGAGGGAUCAGGCAGCAGUAGGUGGUAAUGAUAGAUAUAGUGGCGGUGGUGGUUCUCAGUCCAUGGGCCAGGACAUUGGCAGGCCUGAUGAUGAGGCUCAACCUGGUGGUGAAAAUACUUUCAAAAAUGGGGAAAGUGAAAGUGAAGAUGAGGCACCAAGGAGAUCAAGACAUGGGGAAGGAAAGAAGAAGAGGCGUAGUGUAGAGGGUGAUGCUGCCACUAAUUCCGAUGAGAAAGCUUAACUAUGCCAGAAACUGUUACCAUUAAUAUUUUGUAGGUCUCUGAGACGCUCAACUCAUUAGUAACUUCAGAUCUGAGUGUACUUGUGGUGUUUCUUACAGAGCUAGUUUGUCAUUAGUUAUGGUGUUUGGUUAGCAAGCGGUUGGUUGCUAGUUUCUUAAAUGGCCAUGUACAUUAGCUUCAUUUACACAGGAUUCUUAUGUAUGGCAAUCGAUUGUCCUGUAAAACAUGCAACAGUUAUCACUUGAGAUGUUCUAUACUGAUUGAAUUAUGUAAUUCUUUACCUUCAUAUCAUAAUUGAAUAUCAAGUUUAUGAGUA